AUGCCGGCCAGCUGCACUGCACACUUAGCCCUGCCCAGUGGCUGCAUUCUUUUGCAGGAGAAUCUGUGGUACCAGACUGACAGUGUCAGCAUCACCUGCAUUGGCUGGAGAUGUGUCCGCUCGGGCCCUCGCCCAGACCUACUGCAUCAGCCUGUGCACUCUAACAAGAUCCGGAGGGCAGAGCCCCAGAGCAGCCCCUUGGUCCCAGAUCAGGAUGGCCCCUCACAAAAGCUGGGUCAACGUCUGGCUGCUGAGGCCUUGGGUACCAACAGCUGGGAGAGAGACAAGGCCUGCCGGGAACUGAGUCCUGCUAGAGCACGCAGCGCCUCCCGUGACAAAGACUUAACGCCACCGCCUUCCUCCAGGGGUAAGAAGAAAAAGAAGAAAUCCACCCGGAAGAAGAGAAGGAGGUCUCCAUCAUAUAGCCCAUCGCCUGUCAAGAAAAAGAAGAAGAAAAGUUCCAAGAAGCAUAAGCGACACAGGUCAUUCUCCAAGAAGAGAAGGCACAGCUCCUCCAGCCCCAAAAGCAAAAGAAAGGAAGAGAGGAGGCACAAAAAACAAUCUCGAAGCCGGCCCCGAAAGUCCCACCGCCACCGCCAUCACCGCUGUCACUCACGGUCCCAGAGCUCAGCGUCGCGGUCCUCGAGCUGUGAGAGCAGGCACCGUGGCCGGUCCCCUGAGGAAGGGCGGAAGUCCCGAAGGAGGCACUCCCGCCGCUGCUCCAAGACCCUCUGCAAGGCCAGCCCCGAAGCCCGGUCCAGCCACCCACCCAGCCAGCCCCUGCAGAUGCUCCGCCUCCUGUCAGCCAGGGGUGUAAUCACUGGGUCGGGGUCUGCUGCUGACCUCUUUACCAAAACAGCCAGCCCGCGCCCCACCUCGCGAGGAUGCUCCCAGGAGUAUGACUCAGGCAACGACACCUCCUCACCACCCUCCACGCAGACCAGCUCGACCAGGUCACGGGGUCAGGAGAAGGGGAGCCCCAGUAGGGGCCUGAGCAAGAGCCAGGAACUCAACAGUGGCAACACUUCUGAUUCAGGGAACUCCUUCACCACCUCCUCCCCCCAGAACAAGGGGGCAUCUUUGGAGAAUCUCUCCCCCACCACCAGGGGCAGAGAGUCAAGAGGCUUCCAAUCCCCGUGCCUGGAAUACUCCGAGGUGAAGAAGUCCAGUCUGGUCCCAUCCACAGCCCGGAGCUCCCCCACAGGAAGGUGCUCCCGCAGCUCUUCCUAUAUCAGCAGCCGCUCCUCCAGCCACUCCUCCCACUCCCCAAACCCCAGGGCCUCCCCCAGGUAUACGCGGAGCCAAUCCACCUCCUCUGGGAAAAGACGUCGGUCCUACUCGCCCAUGAGGAAGCGCAGGAGAGACUCCCCCAGCCACCUGGAGGCCCGCAGGAUAACGAGUGCCCGGAAACGCCCCAUCCCCUACUACCGGCCCAGCCCCACCUCCUCGAGCUGCCUCAGUAGCGCCUCCUCCUGGUAUAGCAGCAGCAGCAGCCUCUCCACAAGUCGCAGCUACUCUCGGAGCCGGAGCCGGAGCCGGAGCCGGAGCCGGAGUCAGAGUCGGAGCAGGACCCGCAGUAGCAGCAGCUCCAAUUCCCGGAGCCGGAGCCGGAGCCGGAGCCGGAGCUACAGCUCAGCAGACAGCUUCUCCAGCACGAGGCGCUAA